AUGGCUGGAAUGCUACAAAGACGAGCUCCCAUGCGUCUUGCCAGACACAUUCUGCAUCCAUCUGAGCAAGUUUUAUUUCUAAAUGAGUUUCAAAAGCCCAUCGCCAAUCACUCUCUGGAUCUAUACUCUCCUCUGCCCGCUCAUCCAAAUCGACUGUUUCCUCUUGUAGAUGAUGUAGAAAAGAUUAACAAGUCCAUACUAUACUCGACCCACAAGGCAAUUAGUGGCAUGCAAACAUUGGCUGAACUCGAUGGCUCUUGUAAUUCUGGACCUCAAUCUGAGCCUAACAGCGAGAAUUGGACUGACGAUCUUCCAGAGUGGGAGAAGCAAGUUAUCCGCUAUUUGGGAAUUAGAUUCGCAAUUAAAGAAGCUGCGUUCAAGGCCAUGUAUCCAAAAACUCGUUUGACCUGGCAUCAAGCAAUGAUUAUCAAGGAUCGUGGCAAGCCAAUGCUACAUCUUUCAGAUCUGCCCAACAUCCAGCCUCACGUUUCUGUUACACAUGAUGCUGAUAUCAUUGCUGCUGUCGCGGUGAUGGAACAGAUAGCUUCCAGAGACAAGAGUGUGUAG